UGUUUUGUCUCGGUUUAAUUGGGACCGCUUCCGAACUGGUUUUUGGAGGUGAAAAGUGCGAAAACUGCGUCUGGCAUUAGUCGUCAAUGUUUCUACGUUGAACUCAGCCUGAUUAUAGGUAACAAACGUUUCUAAUCACCGCAAAUGAAUUAACGAAACGGAACGACAGUUCUCGAUGACCGACGACCUUAGGAAUAUUUUCGACGGCCUUGUGACUUGUGUUUUCGUCAGCCUUAGUUCUAUUCAUUUCGUAGAGUGGUUCUAUUCUUAAUGAGUGUAAUAUACGAACCAGAGGAACGAUUCAAUUUUUGGUGAGUUGUCCUUUUAGGUGUGUCAGGUGUUCGGUCCUAAGGGACAUUGGACAGUCAAAUGGAAGAUGAGCUCUCACCAUCAUCUGAAUCCAUCUUCGGGCGAGGUGGAACAUAUCAAUUUACUGUCAGACAACAUUGGCGCGUUGUAUCUGUCCGAUGAUUACUCAGAUAUAAUGCUAAUCGUUGAUGGCCAGAGAUUCAAUGGACAUAAGGUUAUAUUGGCAGCACGCAGUCAGUACUUCCGGGCGUUACUGUUUGGCGGUCUCAAGGAAUCUACGCAACAGGAAAUCGAACUAAAAGGGACAACAUUGCCUGCAUUUAAAAGUCUGUUGAAAUAUAUUUACACGGGGCAUAUGUCAUUGGCUAAUCAGCGUGAUGAGGCUGUUCUAGAUAUUUUGGGGCUAGCGCACCAGUACGGAUUCCUAGAGCUAGAAGCAGCAGUUUCCGAUUAUCUCAGGGAAAUAUUAAGCAUUAAAAAUGUGUGUUUGAUUUUUGAUGCCGCCCGUCUUUACCAGCGUCAGUUUCUGAUUAAGGUGUGUCAUGACUACAUGGAUAAGAACUCGAUGAAGAUUCUACAACACGAAAGCUUUUUACAGCUUAGUCCAGGUGCCUUGAAUGAACUCAUCUCGGGAGACUCAUUCUUCGCUGCAGAGAUUGACAUAUUCAUCGCAGUGCAAGCAUGGCUGAAAGCGAAUCCUGACAUCGAUCCAAGUGAAGUGUUGGGUCAAGUAAGACUGAGUCUGAUAUCAAUUACUGAUUUACUAAAUGUAGUCAGACCGACAGGACUGGUGUCAUCUGAAGUUAUUUUGGAUGCAAUAGCAGCACGGACUCAAAUGCGCGAUUCUGAUUUAGCUUAUCGUGGACAAUUGCUGGUUGGAGAAAAUGUUGCACAUCCAAGAUACGGAGCUCAGGUUUUAGAAGGAGAAAUGAGAAGUUUCCUUCUAGAUGGUGAUACUCAUGGAUAUGACACUGAAUGCGGGUAUACAAGACACACUAUAACAGAGUCUGAUGAUCGAGGAAUACUCAUCAAAUUGGGCACUCCAAGUUUUAUCAAUCAUAUUAAGAUGUUAUUGUGGGAUCGAGAUCAACGUUCUUACUCCUAUUUUAUUGAAGUGUCCAUGGACCAAAAGGACUGGGUUAGAGUUAUUGAUCACACAAAGUACCUUUGCCGUAGCUGGCAGUACCUGUAUUUCGAACCAAGGGUAGUCCUUUACAUACGUAUAGUUGGUACCAAAAAUACUAUUAACAAGAUAUUCCAUCUGGUCAGCGUAGAAGCUUAUUACACAGACCAGCCUGAGGCCGUGUGUAAUGGUAUUGUUGUACCAACUCAAAAUGUUGCCACUAUGGACAGAAGUGCCAGUGUUACCGAAGGAGUCAGCAGAUCUCGAAAUACCCUGUUAAAUGGUAACACAGUUAACUACGACUGGGACAGCGGAUACACUUGUCAUCAGCUAGGUUCUGGCUGUAUCCUGGUCCAGCUCGGUCAGCCAUACAUGAUCGAUUCCAUGCGCUUGUUACUGUGGGACUGCGAUAGUCGCUCAUACUCGUAUUACAUCGAGGUGUCGGGAAAUUCACGGAAUUGGGAACUUGUCGUAGACAAGACCAGAGUACCUUGUCGUUCCUGGCAAACCUUACACUUUCACCCACUUCGCCCUGUGGUCUUUAUACGCAUAACUGGCACGCACAACACAGCCAACGAGGUCUUUCAUUGUGUGCACUUUGAGUGCCCUGCUCAAGUUACAGAAGAAAAUGCCGAGGCAUCUCCACGCCAUGAAAGACAGGCUCAUCAAAAUGAGGAAAAUCCAGAAUUUCCACCACCUCCGGAAACAGCCACCGAGGCUGUCAACAUUGAUCACGAAGACGACAGUUCAACUGACGAUGUCGCGAUUGCGGCGGUAGUACCUUAAUCAUUGAACAAAAGUAUGAGAGGUUACCCAACUUCUUUAACGAUUAUCCAUUAUUUUCCGCCGAGGAAAAAGGAAAUGUUCUCGUCGGUCACUAAUUCAAGCAUGGUUGCCCAUGAUGUUAAAAAAUGAGAUACUCAAGGCUGCUGAUCGCGUAAAGAGCCGAAACUAAUUUUUGGACAGCCUUCGGUGUAUCCCUAAGCCCUGUUUAAUAUUGAUUAUUUAAGAGUAGCAAUACGUAUAGAUAUAAAUAAAAACAAAAAUAUUUAUCAAGAUUUCUCGUGGGAAGCAUGACAAGUGUCGGUAAUUUCAAAUGAAAUUAUUUACUGUAUAUAUAUAUACACACACACAUCACAUUUUUUCCAUACGCGUUCUUUAAUGUAUUCUGAAAGUUGUCGAUGCUUUUCCCCAAUCAACCUCAGGAUUUAUUAUUAUUACUAUUAAUGUCAUCAUCGUUGCCUUUCGAUCAGUCCUCGCAGGAUUCAUUCGGAAGUCAGUUUUGUCCUCUAUCAAGUAACGGUAAUAUAUAUUUAAUGUGAUCAAAUAAUGUACGGGUUUCCAAAACAAAAAUAAACCUCCUGCAAUUUGGCGACUGCAUGGCCA